GGAACGUAUUGGAUUGAACAGGUACGGGGAGAUGCUUUUUAAAUCCUCAUUGACAGAGAACAAUGACCCAAUGAAAGAAGGGUAAGGAGGGCCGACAGAAUGCAGGGCGAACAAGCCACUCGAUGCCAGCAGUGUACAGUCAACAGUAUACAAGGAAGCACAGCUAUUCGUUGGUUGAAGAAGGAAUAUCUAGCGUAGGGGUGAAUCUGUUGGGGAUGGGAAGUAGCCCGAGGGUUUUCAAAACCGACAGAUGGAAUUCCAAUGCGAAUUAGUCGAACAAGUGGACUUUACACGGACAGUGGAUCGUUUCUCAUGCUCGAUCCUUUGUACUAUUUAUUACUCCUGGGCCUGGUCCUCGACUCGAGAAUCCCAACUAGGUUCAGGGCUGGGGCCGCCUCACCCAGCGACUCGGUCCAAAGGGUGGGUUGAUGGAGCCUGCAUGCUUGCCACGACGACGGGACGGCAAGACAGGACAGGACAGGACAGGACAGGACAGGACAGGACAGGACAGGGCAGGGCGGGAGAACUUCCGGGGAAGAGCUGGGCUUCUUCCGGGGGAGGAGAAGAGCAAAGGAAUUAAAGAAGUAAAGAAAAAAACCGGGUCGCCAAGGGAUGGAG